UAAAGCCAGGCGUGCCCCGCGCUCGGAAGGUGAGGCUGGCCGGGGCCGGGACAGCCGGCUGAGCUCCGACGUUCGCGUCCCGUCGGCGGCCAGGGGGAAGCCGGAGCUCUUCCCCCGCCCCGGGACAAAAGUCCCCGAGUUUCUCACGGGACGGCCGGGCUCCGGGCCCCGCGCCUUAGCCUCGUUGCCCUGGGAGGUUGACCGGCAGCCUGCAAGCCCUUCGGAUCAAACCCGUCCCUUAUCUUGUCCGCUGCUGUCAGCCUGGGAGGUCUCCCAGCAAGGACAUGGCUUCAAAUGAAAGAGAGAUUGUGGUUUGGGUUUGCCAGGAGGAAAAGAUUGUGUGUGGCCUGACAAAGCGCACAACUUGCUCAGAAGUGAUUCAAGCACUGCUUGAGGAACAUCAGACAACAUUUGGAGAGAAAAAGGUCCUUUUUGGAAAACCUAGUGAUUACUGCAUUGUAGAAAAAUGGAGAGGCUCGGAGCGAGUACUGCCUCCCUUGACAAAGAUUCUGAGACUCUGGAAGGCCUGGGGGGAAGAGCAGGCAAAUUUGCAUUUUGUAUUGGUAAAGUCAGAUGCUUUCCUCUCGUUUCCAUUGUGGAAAACGGCUGAAGCCAAGGUAGUACAAAAUGUAGAAAAGCAGUGGGACCUCAGUCCAGCAAACUACAUGAAGAUGUUGCCAAUAGACAAGCAAAAGAAAAUUGUGAGGAAGACUUUCCGGAAACUAGCCAAGCUUAAGCAGGACAGUGUUCAGCAAGAGAGAGAUAAUAUGGAGACACUGAUCCAUCUGAUCAUUUCUCAAGAUCAUACCAUUCAUCAACAAGUCCUUAGAAUGAAGGAACUAGAUAUGGAAAUUGAAAAAUGUGAAGCAAAAUUCCAUCUAGAUCGUGUGGCAAAUGAUGGAGAAAAUUAUGUGCAGGACUCCUAUUUAAUGAUCAAUACAAGUGAGGCUGAGCAGCAAGGGAGUAGGCCAGAUGAUCAAAAAGAGAUGCAUGACUAUUUGAGCAAAAGCGAGGGAAUUUUACAGGUUGAAGAGAGACUGAAACAUCACAAACAAUUAAUAGAGAACCUAUGUGCUGAAAUUGAAAGAGAAGUACACGGUAUAUGCAUGGAAAAAAAUGGAGAGGAUGUUCGCACAGAAGGAGCAGCUAAUGUUGAACUGGAAACCUCAGAUUUGGAAAGUGUAAAAUAUGAGCUGGAAAAAAGUAUGAAAGAUGGUCUGAGAAUCAACUCAUACCUGAGCUGCAUCCAGAAAGAACUUACAUACAGGGACUCACUGCUUCAAAAGAAGGAAAAAGAAUAUGAACUUCUUACAGAAGAAUUUAACUUACUACAUGUUAAAGACAACAUUGAAACUAGGCUUCAACCAAAUGAAGAGCCAUCCAAGGGCAGUGGCAUCUCCAGUAACAGCAUUGCUGCUCCUGACUUUGUUCAUAGAGUGACUAAUCUGGACAUAAACGAUACAGACUCUGACACUGGAAUCAGCUCUACACACAGUCAGGACUCUGAAAUAACUGCAGGGGACAUGGUACUGCUGUCAACAUAGUUUAAAACAGUUACGCAUUUUUAAAAUUUUUAUUUUGGAGGAUAUUUAUAAGAAGUAGUAAAUCUGAUGUCUUGAAAGUUAAGCUCUUCAAGGUAUUAAAGCUGUGGCAUUGCUUCAGCAAAGUAAAGAGUGUCUAUUUAUGACCUUAAUAGUAUACUUGUGCUCGAAUGCUACAUGCUAAAAUGGAUUAACUGGUAAUAGGUGCAAAGCUGUUGGCUGUGCUGCAUCAGGACAGACUGUUUAGACUUCAUAAUGUUGACACUCAGUGAAAUGGGAGCAUUCUGACUGGCUUGGACCAAAUGUUUGGAGAUUUCAUAUCCUUUGGUCUUUGGGUCCACUCCUGCAUCUCCCUAACUUUUUAGGAACGAGAAGUAGAGACUAGAGAAAGCUAGACCAAGAGCUUGAUUUUCUGCUCUGUUACAUUAGCUUUAUGCAGACAGAGUUUACUUGCUAUGAAGCUGCUGUAAAAGAUGAUAUAAUUGAGCAUUUAAGCUGUUAAAAAAUAGUUUUUUAUGAUAAUGUAGAACAGAAGAAAUGUAAUUGCAUUUAUGCUGUAUUUUUAAAUUUAGUUUAUACAUAUCAAGAUUAUAUUUUUAAAAACUC